CCUGCCACUCCAACCACACUCGCGGGCGCUGCCUGUUAAGGGCCGGGGGUAGUCCCGAGCGGUACCCACUGCUGGUCUCCACCCAGGCCCCUCCGCGAGCGCUUCUGUGAUCCAGAGAACCCGCGGGCACUUGCAGCUUGUGGCGCCCGGAGGGCGGCGCUGACACGGGCGCAAUUCAGGAGGCGAGGCAGGUCUGGGCGCUUUCGCGCCGGGGCAAGCCGGAGAGUCGCCGGCCUGGGACUCUCGCCGAGUCCUCGUCCCGCCGGCUCUUCCCGGCCUCCCCCGAUCCUGCCCGCGCCCUUCGCCGGGGACUCAUCUCCUCACGUCGGCUCCCCGCCCCUCUCGGGAGCCUCCUCUUCCCUCGGCUCCUCCCCGCCCCCCCGGGGACCUCUCCCCUAUCCCCGUCCCUCCCCCCACCCCGGACGCCGGGCUGGACCGGACCCAGAGCCGCCAACGCCCGCUUCUGCCGUUCAAUGGAGGACGGUCCGCUGGAGAUCAUGACCAAGGACGGCGGCGACAUGCCGGCACCUCUGGAGGUGUCCACCGUGCCGGCCGUGGGGGACGUGAUCUCCGGGGAGUACAACGGCGGCAUGAAGGAACUGAUGGAGCACCUGAAGGCCCAGCUGCAGGCCCUGUUUGAGGACGUGAGGGCCAUGCGGGGGGCCCUGGACGAGCAGGCCUCGCACAUCCAGGUGCUCUCGGACGACGUGUGCGCCAACCAGCGGGCCAUCGUCUCCAUGUGCCAGAUUAUGACCACGGCGCCCCGCCAGGGCGGUCUGGGCGUGGUUGGCGGCAAGGGGAGCUUCCCGGGUGCCCCCCAAGAGCCGGAGACCCCUUCGCCUGGAAUCGGGGACAGCGGUUUGCUGGGUCGCGAUCCUGAGGACGAGGACGACGAUGAAGAAGAGGAGAAGGAGAUGCCCAGCUCCGCCACACCCACUAGUCACUGUGAGCGCCCCGAGAGCCCCUGUGCCGGUCUCCUUGGGGGGGACGGGCCACUUGUGGAGCCCCUCGAUCUGCCCGACAUUACCCUGCUGCAGCUGGAGGGCGAGGCCUCUCUGUGAGGGGACUCCGAGGGGGCACUACUUUCCCGGGCAGGCUCUGGGUUUCCGAGUGCAUGACGCGAGGGGACUGAACGGUGCGGUGCAGCAUGCUUCACUCUGACCGCUGCUCUUGUGGGUCAGGCAGAGAGACUCCCUCGAGAAACGAUUUAUAGGGUGAAGGACUUUGGGAGCACCAAGAAUUCUUUCUGCCUAACCAAGGGAGACAUAGCAAACUGCGGAAAGGUGAGGUUCCGGGAGAGGAAGCGCCCAUCUCUGGACUCCCAUCCACCCCCUACCCUGCCCAUUCCCCCUCCCCAGCCAACAGGAGAACCCCUGAAUUGUGUAAAUAAAAUUCUGCUUUUUCUAUUCUGAAAAA